GAGGGGUUGGAGAGGGAGGUGGAUGGGGAAGUGGCGAUGGUGGUGGAGGUGGUCGCGACGGCAGCAGCGGAGGAAGUGGAGGUGGAAGAGGGAACGAUAUGUGGAACAGCGGAAGCGGUGGAUUGAGUCUGCCGGCCAGCAUGCCAAGAAGCGCCCACGAGACAGAGGCCCUCCUUGACGACGAGCCCCCGAGGCGCGACGACCCCCGACUACUGGACGUCGCCAACCAGUUCGUGAGUGAGAUCAUCGCCCGCGCCAAGGAGGAAGCCACCAAGAAAGUUACAGCGGGCGAGAAGGUGCUACCGGGUCACGUGGAUGAGGCCAGGUCAGACGAGAGACUGAUGGAGAUGGUCCGCCGUUUUGUGUCUGAUAUAAUGACCAAGGCCAAAGCUGAGGCGUGGGACAGUAUGAGAGAGAUUCAGAACAAUAAUAAUAACGUCCUCUCGGAAAAGGACGAGGCCGCCGCCGCAGCAGCUGGAGGAGGCGCGACGGGCCUGGCCUCCCCGGGCAGCACCCCCGGCGAGAGGCUGUUCCGCCGGGGCCCCUGGUACGUGCAGAUGGGCAGGGUGUUCGCCACCUUCCUCUCCCGCAUCUGCCCCUGCCGCUGCCCCACCAAGCCAUGAGGGUUCGCCCCCGCCCUCUCUCUCCGCACGGCAGUCAACUCCGCGGGGGACUGGGUCUAGGGGGCAUCACCAGCGAGACCGAGAGGAUUAAUGAGAUCAUUUCGGAUUCAUUUGGCCGAAGACCGAGUGUGUGUCUGUGGUCCUAUGAAAAAAAAGAAAGCCGGUCUUUUUUUUCUUGUGGGAAAAAAAAAAUCCACGAUGAAGGUGCUUCUCGUUGCGCCUUCGGGGUGUGUUUUCGAGGCGAGGUCGACGCUUUUCUAAAACAAACCAGGAAAUGGGAGGAAAUGGCAAUGGCGCCUGGAUUUCGAGUUGGAGGGCGUGUUUUCCUUCUUUUUUUUCCAUCGCAUGUUGAUAGUUAGAUAAUCACAGAGCGGUGUCUGUGGCAAUGAUAAAUCUUUCUGAAAUGGUUUGCGUUGCUGAUACUAACAUUACUGAACUGCUUAUGCCGUGUACUGCCCCCUUAUAAUAAAUUUAAUCCGUCCUGAUUAGCCAUGCCGCUGAAUGGCCCUGGCAGUUGAAUAUGAAGUAUACCAAGGAAAUCAUGAAGUAAAAACGAAAGACUGCAGUAUAUUGAACGAUAUGCGAGGGCCUCGGUAUAACCAUCAUAAGCCUAAGUCAGCAUCUCAACGUCCUAUUAUAUUCUGUUGACUUGCCCGGGCUCAAUUUUGCCUCAAUAUACAAAGGCUAAGGUUUUGUUGACCAGUCGGGGAGGCGGGGGGGAGGGGGGAAAAAGGAGGCGGCAGCUCCAUAAUAAAGACGGAUAUAGGGGCCAGAUCCCUCAUAAAUACGAUUCUGGAUUCUUGUGUAAUAUUAACCCAUUUCAUCGCCUUUAUCACCACAUAUUUUAUUUUUACAUGCAAUUUCCCUGGUAUAUUCCAUGCACUUCCAGCUCCUUCGGCCUACACCAUCUAAUCUGAUCAGCGCGGAUUUAAAACACUAAAGGACACGACACGCCAUCAGCACAUCGGUACUCGUUAACAUCGGCGACGCGGACCAUUUCAGUAAAAUUCACUGCGAUGACGUUAUUUUCAACCUGCAAUUCUUGUAAAUUAUGAUAAUAACUGUGAAUAAAAUACAGAUAAGAGAUAGUCGAAGAAAAUAUGUAACACUGGUACUCUUUUCUCGUUAAUUUGAUUUUGACGUUUUGGACAUGUAAAAAGACCCAUUACUAUGUACUAAUGAAGUGGUUUCCAAACUAUGGCCCAAUUUACCAUUUAUUUACGGGUCUGAGGUAAUGAACAAGCGGGUGAAAGAAAGAAAAAGGGAAAAAAGAAGAAAACUACUUAAUACUGAUUUUUAUCAAACACUCCUAUUCCAAUAUCAUAACUUAUUAAUAAAAUUUUUACACAUAGCAGAUUUAUGUAGAUCUAGAGUGAGAGAGAGAGAGAGAGAGAGAGAGAGAGAGAGAGAGAGAGAGAGAGAGAGAGAGAGAGAGAGAGAGAGAGAGAGAGAGAGAGAGAGAGAGAGAGAGAGAAAGAAAGGGAUAACGAAUAAUAGUGAAAUAUCUAAAUUCAAAGACUAGUCCCGUGACAUGAGUAGUUGGUAACGCCAGUAUUCAUUUGUUUGAAAAAGCACUGUGCUAUACUAUAGGUCUUAUCUAUGGCGGUUUUAGUAGUCUCUGAUACAUCACGGAUAAUUUAUGCGUGCAUUUAAAUAUUGUACUUUUUCUAAUUAUAAUCUAUAAUUAACUGAUAGAGCAGUUAAUUUUGCAAAUGAAAUACUCAACAGUGUAAAUAUGUUAAGCAGUGUAAUGGAUUUUUAAAAACUCAACCCUUAGCUGAUUUUUAUACAGUGAUGAAAAAAUAGCAGUUGAUAGUACAGGGAAAAAAAUAUUGAGAAAUAUUGAUUAAUUUGAUGCAGAAAUCAUGACCAGGUGAGCAGUAAACAUUGAUAUUACAACUUUCUUUUUAUCGAAGCGAAUAUGUAUUUGACAGGUUGAUAAUGAUUGGUAAAUUGUACCGUAAGAUAAUUGUAUUUCAAAUGUUUAUCAUCAGCAACUGUCAUCACCAAGCUGUCAGAUAGUGUCAUGUGCAUGUUUCAUCGUAAAAAAUGAGUCUAGUAUUAUGAUUUAUCCAUUGUAUACAUUAUUAUCAGUCAUUGUUAUUGUUAUUAUUAUAAUCAUUAUUAUUAUUAUUAUUAUUGUUAUUAUUAUAAUCAUUAUUAUUAUUAUUAUUAUUAAUUUUAUCAUAUUCAUCAUUAUGUUAUCAUUAUCAAUAACCUUAUAAUUAUAAUAAUAACAGUAAUAAUAAUUAUUAUAAAAUAAUAAUAAUAAUAAUAACAAUAAUAACAAUAAUAAUUAUUAUUAUGAAGAUGGUAAUAUUAAUGAUGAUAAUAAUUAUUAUUAUCAUCAUGAUUAUUAAUAUCAUCAUUAUCAUUAUCAUUACUACUACUGCUGCUACUACUAUUACUACUACUAUCAUUAUUAUGUAAAAUUCUAACUUCAAGUUUAAUAACUGGAAAAGGUCAAACUUGAAAAUCAUAUCUUGGGAGUGAAGAAGAAUUGGCUAUUGAUAAGUAUAAAUAAAAGUGUCUCUCACUUUUUCUCUCUCUCUCUCUCUCUCUCUCUCUCUCUCUCUCUCUCUCUCUCUCUCUCUCUCUCUCUCUCUAUAUAUAUAUAUAUAUAUAUAUAUAUAUAUAUAUAUAUAUAUAUAUAUAUAUAUAAAUGCAAGAUAAAAUAUUAAGGCUACUCUUCCAGAAUUUUACAGAUUAUUUACAUUUUAAUUAUUGUAGAUGAAGUAAUACACAUCAACUAGUUAUGUCAUUAGUAUUAACUAUAACUGGCUGAGAAAGUGGUUAACUCAUAAGAAAUUGCACUCUGCUUACUGACGAAAUCAAGAAACUGCUCACAUUCACUGCAAAAUAACUAGAUUUUUUAAUGAGGAACCAUUUCUUCUUCUGAUAUGUACAAUAAAAGAACACAUAUGUAUGAAAGAAAGAACCUUGUAUGAUCUUUUAGACGAACAUCCAUAACAGUAAGUAAAAGACGUUCACAAUAAAUAGCACAAUAUUAUUCCCAUGAAAUAUUAUAAUGACUGACCACAUAGAGAGGUAUUGCUUUCAAUUAGUGAUAAUGUUGCAAAAUAUAUAUAUAUAUUUUUUUUUAUAUCACCAGACUAAAAGAUGGUUUUCUAAAUGACAGGUAUCUCUGAGAGAUUGCCUUCAAUAUGAACAGAUUGUAAAUAUUAUAUACUCAAGAGCUCUGAUUAACAGUGGGGAAAAUGAGACAAAAAUUGCAUCAAAGCUAAAAUAUUUUGAAAAUCUAGCUAAAUAUGAAGAAGUUUGAAAAAUAACCUAUCUAACCAUUAAUAUGUAUAUAUAUCAAAAACAGUACAUUGUAUUUGGCUUCUGUGUAUGAGUUUACUGUGCAUACUACACAACAGUAACAAAAGAAUGUAUUAGUAAAUCUUUAUUGGCAUGAGAAUAUUUAAAAAAUAUUGUGUGAUGGGGCGGGAGUUAAUUUACAUAGCUUCAUUUUGUUUUAAUAUAAUGUCAACUGUCUGUUGCAAGCAAAGCCUAUGCCUAUGUUCAUAAAUAUAUGUAUUUUCUAGUUAUUUUAUUUUUGCUAAUAUAUCUUCAGUGAACAUAACAUGAAAGAUAAGGAAGAGGUAUUUAAUUGAUUAAUGAAAUAAGGGUAAAUUCAGAAUUACUUCUCUAGUGUGCUAUUGUAUUUAUUAAUUAAUUUUUGUGGUCGUGAAGGUCCUUUCAAGUACUUGGCUAGGGUGCAAUAAUAACCCAGUGCUAUUCUUUGCUUAUAAGAACCUUGGCAUGACACUGUCAGUAUGCUCUAUAGUUUUAGUAACUGUUGUGCUUGAGUUUUUAUCUUUUGAAAAACAAAUACUGAAGAUUAGAUAAGAUCAUACAGAAAACAUUUUCUUUUACUGGCUGACAAUCAUACAGUAACUAGAAUGAAAAUAAAAACUUUUGUAAAUGCCAGCACUGGUAAAACUACGAGAAACCAAACUUCAAAGGCCAGUCAUUUUCUACUUACCGAUUUUAAAUUAUCUGCCGAUGUUGAUAGCUAUCUUAUGGAAGAGUUCAAAGUAAUGUGAAAAAAAAAGUCAUACAGCUUUACUAAUGCAUGUUUAGAGUAUGCAGAUUAAAGUGCAACUGAGCAACAGCUGGUGUGGGGGUCAAUAAGUAUAUUAACAUUAUAGUGUUCACUAGUCACUUCUUAGAAACCUGUAGUAUUGCUUGAAGUUAUCUGUUGUAGCUAAAUGCUGCUGAUUUGGUCUUUACUAAGCACAAUUAUGGAAGCAUAUAUUUUUAUAAUCAUUUUGAGGAAAAAGUGAAAUAAAGGAUCAACAGCAUAUAGGUAAAUGACUAUUAAAUACUGAUUGAGACAUAUCCUUAAGUCACACACUAGAAUAAUGUCAAGAGUGGAUAUUCCUUACUAAAUUAUCCUUAUAUAAUAUCUUUUAGGCUGGCCAGAAAUAUUCUCAGCAGUGAUCAUACUUGCAUGUUGCUCUGCAGUUCCUUACAGUAACAUUCUAGAAAAGGAAACUUGAAGCAAGAAAACUGUAUAAUGACUGUUUGCUAGAAUAAUUCAGACCAGCAAUUUUGAGUAAACAAUCUUGGUUAGGGGUUGCUUGUAAAGAUAUACCUUUAAUACAAGAAUAAAACUUAAACACCAAAGAAAAAAAAUAUUUAAAAGUUUCCAAUACACACACAUAUAUAUAAACAUUAUAUAUAUGUAUAUAUAUAUAUGCAUGUAUGUAUGUGCUGUAUACUUCUACUGUAUGUAUGUUUUAUAAGUAUAAACAUCCAUACAUAUAUAUUCAAUCAGAAUGUCACACAAACCUAACAUCAAAACUACAUCCUGUCCUCUUCUCUUUAUGUGCCUCUUCACUAACCAAAACUGUAGGUCAUAAUUUGCUGUUGUCUAUCCAUUGUAAUCUGUGGCAGAUGUUACUGUCAUGAUUUAAUGCUGUGGUGAAUCUAUGGCAUUCUAUUGAUGCAGAAGGUAUACAGUAUGUUUACCAUGUCAGGGAUGGUCUGUGUCAUAUCAGUGUGUAAAUGUGAUAUAUGUCCCAGCUGUAAAUGGGUGUACCUGGCAUAUGGAACAACUUUUCGGGAAUGUACUCUCUUUGCGCUAUGUGGAUCCUUAAUACUUCCAAGUCAAGUGUGUCCCAAACAUAUCAUAAAUACUGUAUAUUUUGAUCCAUACACAUACACAAGACAUAAAAUGCUUUGAAAAAGUAAAAAAAAAAAAAAAAAAAAAAAAAAAAAGUGAUAUGUGCAACCUUUGUCGAAUGUAUAGAAAUGUGCUUCUUAGGCAUCUGUGUACCUAUAAUCUUAAAGAGCUGCUAUUCUUUCACACUAUUUUAUAACAAGGAAAAUUAUUUUCCUAAAUCUAUAUACAUAUAUCAAAAGAAUGGAUAUAAAUGUACUGUACACUAUCGCA